AUGGCUACAUCAACACCAUCUCUCCCCCUCCCCACCUCCCCCACAAGUCUAAAUGUCAUCGCCUUGAUCUCGGGAGGGAAAGACUCCCUAUACUCUAUUCUCCACUGCAUCCGGAACGGACAUAAGGUGGUGGCCUUGGGGAAUUUGUAUCCGCCUACUACCACCACCACCCCUCAUGAGGAGGGAAAACCACAAGAUGAAGAGGAACAGGAUGAAGAAGAAGACAUCGACAGCUUCAUGUACCAAACGAUCGGCCACAGCAUCAUUCCGCACUACGAGUCCGCGUUAGGGAUCCCGCUGUAUCGGCAGCAGAUUACAGGGUCCGCGGUGGAUACGGGGAGGGUUUAUCGUGAUUCUUCUUCUUCGGCAGCAUCCGGAGGGGAAGGGAAAGAGGGAGAUGGAGGGACAGACGAAACCGAAUCUCUCAUCCCGCUCCUUCAACGCAUCAAGGCCGCCCACCCAGAAGCUAAUGCCAUCUCCGCCGGCGCUAUUCUCUCCACGUAUCAACGUACACGGAUUGAGAACGUCGCAGCGCGAAUGGGUCUCGUGCCGCUCGCUUGGCUGUGGCAGUAUCCGGUGUUGCCUGCGCCGGAGGAGAGGUUUGGUCUUGGUAGUGGAGAGGCCGGUCUGUUGGAGGAUAUGGCUGCUGUUGGGUGCGAAGCGAGGAUCAUCAAGGUUGCGUCUGGGGGUUUGGAUGCGGGGUUUCUGUGGGGGGAUGUGUCGGGGAGGAAUGCGAUGGUUAGGAGGAGGAUUGUGAAUGGGAUGAAGAGGUUUGUGUUGGAUGGUGGAGAUGUGAGGGGGGCCGUGUUGGGCGAGGGUGGAGAGUAUGAGAGUUUGGCGUUGGAUGGGCCUUCUUUCCUUUGGAAAAGAAGGAUUGAGGUCCCGAGGUGGGAGGAAGGAGCUGGCGAGGGGGGUGUUGCGUUUGUGAGGGUUAGGGGGGCGAGGUGUGUGGAUAAGGAUGCGGAGGGGGAUGGGGUGGUGCCGGGGGAUGUGAGGAGGCCGGUGUUGUUGGAUGAGGGGUUUAAGGGGGUGUUGGAGGAGGUAUUGGGGGGUGAGGAGGUGAUGGGGAAGAGGGAGGAGUCGUCGGUGGUGUCGUCUCAAAGGCAGAUGGAGAUAUCGCAGAGUACGAAUGGUGGCACGUGGGUGGUUGCUAACAUCACAGCUCCCGAGGCUGGUCCCGGGGCUGCGGAGCAGAUGGAGGCGAUUGCGCAGAAGAUUGAGACGAUACUGGCUUCUACGCGGCAUGAGGAUGGAAGUGUACCUCGUACUACGGCUGAUAUUGUCUUUACGACGGUGCUGCUACGCUCCAUGGCGGACUUUGCCUUGAUGAAUGGCAUCUACGUUUCCUUGUUCAAGAAGCCGAAUCCUCCGGCCAGAGCUACGGUGGCUUGCGGCGAGAGUCUGCCGGAGGGCGUGAAGGUCAUGGUAUCGGCGGUGGUGGACUUGGGUCCUAGGGAGCAAAGACAGGGCCUUCAUGUCCAGUCUCGUUCUUACUGGGCGCCGGCUAAUAUUGGCCCAUAUUCGCAAGCCAUGUCGGUUCCGGUACAGGGUUCGGAGCACAUGGUUUACAUUGCCGGACAGAUUCCGCUGGAGCCGGCUUCGAUGGAGAUGAUGAGUGCCUCUGGGGAAGCCCUGACGCGGCCGUGGAUCGAGAACUAUACUACGCGAGCGGUGCUCUCCUUGCAGCAUCUCUGGAGGAUUGGUCACGCCAUGGAAGUUGACUGGUGGCUGGGGGCCGUUGCUUUCUUAACGGGAGGAGAGCAUAUUGAGACGCAGGCCCGGCUAGCAUGGAACAUCUGGGAGCGGAUGCAUGCUCGUCAGGAACAAGAAGACGACGAAGACGGAGAAUCAGGCCUGGAUGUUUGGGAUAUCAAGUAUGGAGGCCGUGCGCACGAGCAAGCAACGGGUCCAUCAACACCUAACUUGCCUAACUUUGGGGUGGUCCAGUCAGAGGCCUUAGUUCCUGCGUUUUUUGCGGUCCAGAUUGAAGAGCUCCCACGAGGAAGUGAUAUCGAAUGGCAGGGUCUGGGGUACAGAUGUGGUGGAUUGCGGAUGGCUGCAGAAGAAACGGACUAUGGCCGCAAGACCACAGUGUCCACGGAGCAGAACCUCAGUUACAUCGGCAUUGAGAUCGACAUGGGACAACUGAGGUCUGAUCUGGACUCGUAUCUGCAGGACGAGCUGCAGAAGCUGCCAGAGUUGGUAGAAGGUUCCCACGCGAUCAUCUAUACCAGUCAGCCAUUGUCCAAGCCUGCAUUCCCAGCGCAAAUUGUUCCCUGCAAAUCUGUCUGGGGGCCGAAAGGACAAGAAUUGGCAGCAGCGAAAAAACCCGCCUUUCCGCCCUGGGAUUCCGGUUCGAUCAAAGCGAUAACAUUCUCACUUCAUCUUCUUCGUCUUCGCUGCUGCCACUCCACGCACCUCUCUUGGGUCAAUUCUCCUGGCCGCUCAUCACCCACCAUCCAUGCCAUGGCCGUUUCGCUGAGCCAGGAGGAAGACGAAUCGCUUCCUGUCAACGGUUCCGCCCUCGACAUAGAGCUGUCUGAUACUCCCCGACAACCCUCCCGUUCCCCUCACCCAUAUCGUCGCAAGGGCUCGCAUUCGUCGUCGCUGCCUGCGGACACCGGCGACCGAUUAACCCGUCUCCACUGGCCACGGACCUCGAGCGAUAGUGGCACCGAGGCUGAUGAUGAAAGCACGGGCAUACUGAGGGGUCUACCAGCUGCACCUUUGCGACCAAGGAAAGGGUUGCGUUCGGGUCGUCAUGCCGUUGGCGAGGAUGACCAGUGGUUUCCCCUAUUGCGCCCGUGGCCGUCGAUAACCCGAUCCACCUCGCGGAGCUCGCGGCGGAGCUCAGGAGAAGAAGCCGAGGCCUCAGCGACAGGAUUGCGCGAACAAGAAGCUCGGAAGCGACGUAUCGGGGUCCUGCAGAGGUUAUUGGAGGCUGCGUUGCUCCUCUCGGUGGGCGGCGUCGUUCUGGGACAAGAGAAUACGAGGGCGGUUGCUUGGGCUUGGAGGAAAGAGCUCCUUGCCCAUGCCCUGCUUGUCAUUGGGCUCUACGCCGCCUAUCCUUUCCAUCGAGAUGGGCGUUUUCGCUUCUCAAGACUGCGGUCCUUUCAUACCCCUUCCCUAAUACUCCCUAAUGUCCUCCUCAGUCUCUCAUCUCUUCCGCCUGCCGUCAUCCCACUGCAUGAUUGCGUGCAUGGACACAGCAUUGUCCAUUGGAUGAUCACUCUGCUUCCGAUUAUCCUCUCGGAGCAACUAUCGGCAGGAAUCUCGCCUCCUAGACCUUUGUCUCUUCUCGGUCUCAACUCGGAAUCUUUGGCUCUUCUUUUCCCUUUGCAUCAAGCGUUGAUACCCACUUUAGAUUUUUUAUUGACUACCAGCGUCCUUCCAGCAGAACUGCAGCUUUUGACAAGCGCUUUGAUCAAUCUAUUAUUAUUUGCGUCCUCGCCUCAGGCUGAAAUCCUUAAGGCGUUGCUAUGGCUUGGUGGCCUGUGCAUUUUCAUCUCUUGUCGCGACGUGCUUCGCUGGGAAGUGGCUUUGGCAAGGAUUCCCAGUUGGAAAUUUCGGCGAGCGCCCAGCAACUCGCAGUCACCUCGAAGUAUCUUCAAUGUGCUUGAUCACAAAUUAUGUCAGCGACUAAGCAGGACGGGCACCUCCGAGGACAAUCUGUCGGACAGUGACUCGCCAGAAGGCCAAUUCUCGCUUGUCUCACGCAAGACAAUGGUUGAGUCGCGUGACAGAACCAAGGCGGGCGAGCCCAUUCGCACUGUAGAGGCUGAGGUGACAGAAGGCGUCCGGCAGCCUACACUUACACACCGGCGACGGCACACGAUCUCUAGCGUCAGCGAGGUGGCACGCACAGGAAAGGUCAGAACUACGCCUAGUGGGCGACGCAAGAGAUCAAUGGCCCCUGGUUUAGCGUCGUUCUUGUCGCUGACAGUGCCUCAAGCCCAAGUCCGGAAAUGGUUGUACGCGCUGUUUAUCUACGUCACCGUGCUUCUCAUCAUCCUAGGACCUGUUCGAAAGUACGUGGGUGAGCGGGCGUUACACGGAGAAGAUCCAUUCGGGUGGGCACUGAGCUAUCUGCUGGGCAACGUUUCAUGGUUUCGAUUCUGGGUGAUUAUGUGGAACUUGGAAUAUUGGAUUCCAAUCCCCGCUCGCUUGGACCCUGACCUGUUGAACGCUUCCUGCGGUCUUGGUUGGGUCGAACAUCUCCGCCGAGAUGUCUUUGGGGAGGCUAAUUCGCGCCUCCUCGUCGCAGCAUACUGUAUUGUGGUACUUGUGACCGGACUGGCGGUUGUGUUACAGUUGAGCUCCGUCGCGGAGGUAGAUACGAGACGCAAGGUAUUCCAUGGCAUGAUGGUGCUGAUGUUCCUUCCGACGGUGUACGUCGACCCCACGUUUUGUGCGCUUGCCCUGAGUCUAGUCCUGUCCGUCUUCCUGCUGCUCGAUCUCUUCCGAGCGUCCCAGCUGCCCCCGAUCUCGCGACCGUUGACUUACUUCCUUGCCCCCUACGUGGACGGGCGCGAUCAUCGAGGGCCUGUGAUUGUGUCGCACAUCUUCCUCCUCAUCGGAUGCUCGAUCCCCCUCUGGCUUUCCCUGGCGGACAUUCCUCGGACGGGCGAUCAUCCCUGGAUCGGGUGGAGUGCGUUGAACCGGGACGUCAGUAUGGUGAGCGGGAUAGUCUGCGUGGGCAUGGGCGAUGCGGCGGCGUCACUCGUGGGGCGACGGUUCGGUCGGCGCAAGUGGUUUUGGGGAGGAGGAAAAUCGCUCGAGGGCAGCGUGGCCUUUGCGGUUGCUGUAACGUGUGGCUUACUAUUCGCGCGAAUUUGGCUUGUGGUGGGAGAAUGGCCGGUCAGCGGAGGCAGUGAUGGACCGCACCAGAACUUCCCUUGGGUAAAGGCAAUGGUAAAAGUCAUCUUGGCCGCCGGAGGAACCAGCGCAACCGAGGCAAUCCUGACGGGAUGUAAUGACAAUGUGGUGGUUCCGAUUGUGCUAUGGCUACUUAACGUCUCUCGGAUGAGGUUAUAG